AUGGAGUUGUUAGAUCUGAAUGAAAGCUCAGAAGAAAAGCAAGAUGCUGGCCUGGGGCACUCUCAGGCUAAGUGCUUGGCACAUCCUUCACCAGAGCUGGUGGUGUUUCUCCAGGAAUUUGGCUGUGUCUCUCGGUAUGAGCUGGGCACACUCCGUGUGGCCUGGUGGACCUGUUUGCACUGGGCCUCCAAGCGGAACCAUGCUCAGGUGGUCUCCUGCCUGCUGGAUGCUGGUGCAGAUAAGCAGAUCCUCACCUCCAAAGGGGAGCUGGCUGCAGAGCUAACUUCAAAACCAGACAUCCGGAAGAUCUUGGGAGUAGUAGAGGAUGAAACUGAAAUUCAAGGAGUGAAGGCUUUAAAUUUGCCAAUUGUUGCAAACUACUUGGCCAACCCACCAUUCCCUUACGUUACCACCCAAGAAAGCAUUCCAGAGAGCUUGGCAGAAACCCAGAAUGAAAGUGCUUCCAUCUCUUCUGCUUCCCAGUGUGAAACUAGCCCUUGCUCAUCAGCAGCUCAGGUUGAAAGCAUAUGCACACCUACAUCCUGCAACAGCGAGGAUGAUGUUCCUGCCCUAGACACUGCAGAACAGCUGCUGGUCCCAGCAGGAACGAGCCCGGCACCAAAAUGCACCGAGCCUGAAGCACAGAACGGCCCCGAGUGCCAGCCCUGCUGGCCUGGCAGCCAAGGGAAGGAGCUGGCAUCUCAACAGCCUGUACCACUGCACUCUGACAACUCCCCCCCUGGUCCUGCACCAGCCUUUCAGCCCUUUUUCUUUACUGGAACGUUCCCAUGUAACAUGCAAGAACUUGUGCUGAAGGUGAGAGUCCAGAACCUGAGAGACAAUGACUUCAUUGAAAUUGAACUGGACAGACAAGAACUGACCUACCAAGAUCUGCUCCGAGUGAGUUGCUGUGAAUUGGGUGUUAAUCCAGAACAAGUAGAGAAGAUCAGAAAAUUGCCUAAUACACUAGUAAGAAAGGACAAGGAUGUUGCCAGACUUCAGGACUUCCAAGAGCUGGAGUUAGUUCUUGUGAAAAGUGACAGCUCUCCUUUCAGAAAUGCUGCAUCAACUUUGACAGAGAGAUCAUGCUACAACAGUAGAGCAUCAAAGCUGACCUACUGA